AUAUCAGUCUAAGUCGAUGUGACAGGGCGUGACAUGAAAAUGGUAAAAGGGUUCUGGGACCCCCGAGCGCGUGACAAAAUUUUGUGCCUAACCUUGUCUGAGAUAAAAUUCUUAAAUCAGUGGUAUGUGACAAAAGUUACGAUUAUUGAUAUUUAAACAUCGCGAACCGGUUCUCAAAGUAUGAAACUUACGUAGUUACAUAUUGAAAAUAAAAUUAAAAAGGCAUUAAUCAAAGUAGUCAAUUAUGCCUCCAAAGAAAAAUCAAAAUGCUUCUAAGGGAAAUAAAUCUAAAGGAGCAGAAAGCAGUAGUGGGAAAGAAGAAAAGAAAGGAGGAACUGCAGUAAAAGUGAGACAUAUAUUAUGUGAAAAACAAUCAAAAAUUUUGGAAGCCUUGGAGAAAUUAAAAGCUGGACAGAAAUUUAAUGAAGUUGCUGCUGCAUAUAGUGAGGACAAAGCACGGUCUGGGGGUGAUCUUGGUUGGAUGACACGAGGUUCAAUGGUUGGUCCGUUCCAAGAUGCUGCAUUUGCAUUACCUGUAUCUUCCCUUGGUUCUCCAAUUUAUACAGAUCCACCAGUUAAAACAAAAUUUGGUUAUCACAUUAUAAUGGUAGAAGGUAAAAAAUAGUUUUUAACCAUAGAUUUUACCAGGUACACAUUUUUGAUUGUGUAAUGAUACAAUAAUGAUCAUUUUUAUAUAACAAGAAGUAAAAGUGUAUAUAUACCUUUAUAAUAUAUAUUGUAUGUUUUACACAUUAUUUAUCCUUUGUAAUUACAGAAACAUAAUAAAUAAUA